AUGUUGCCCAACGAGCUCCUCCUCGAAAUCCUACACUAUCUCUCGACUGCCGACCUCCGCAACAUCGCAUCCGCCUCUCGCCGUCUGUGUGCGCUAGCACGCACGCUGCUGUACGCCGCCAUCGAGAUCCGCCCGUUCGUCAUCAAUGCCAAUGGGCAUCUGUGUGGCCUCUCUGCCGCGCGUGAGAAGGCGCUACAGGACAGGCUGGUUGUCAUGGGCUCGCCCCGCGUGGCUCCACACAUCCAACUCCUGAAGAUUUCGGCCUGGCGCAUCAAGAUUAGCCAUUGGCCACCGCGAAUCACCCGGCCGGUGGCGCGUCCACAGCCUGCAGGCGACGUGAGCCGCGACCCACAAGCUAUGCUCCCGUCCAUCUUCGCCGUCGUUGUCAGCCUCAUCAAUCUCCGCACAUUGACUGCCGAGAAAGUGCAGUUCACACCGGCCGCACUCGAUGCGCUAGCUCAGCUUCAAUCUCUCCAUACGUUCUCAAUCUCGGACUGCACGCUACACCUCCCCUCCUCUCAUUCCUCCUGUCCAAUCCUGCAUGUUGUGCACUUCGAGAUGUACGGCGGCGCUCUCCACCAUUGGCUCGCGCUUAUGGCUCCCGCCAUCCUGCGAGAAGUGCAUUCCUCCGCACCAGCGGGCUUGGAAGAGGCCACCGAGUUGGCGUCGCUGCCUCCCUUUCCGCACGUCACUAUUCUCCACAUCCUGUCCUCGAAGAGACUUGCACUUGCCGCGACUCUCGCACCAUUCCCCCUCUUGUUUCCGGGCUUGGAACGCCUAGAUGUCAGCAACAAUAACCCCUUCCCAAACCCGAGGCGCGAUGGCGAUCCACCAAUCGGCGCACCAGCUGAGUGGGUCUCGGACUUGCCGCGCUUCCCUCAGUUAAAAGAACUAGUGGUGCGAGAACCAGCGGCGUUGCUCGUUCUCACAAUGGCGCGCGUUGGCGUGCUUGACGUGGUCUUCACUGGUGUUCCGCCGCUGCUACAGUCUCUCGCUUCUCUGCCAAGGGUGGCCUUUGCAAGGAUUACGUGCCUGCGCUUGAAGCUUGGGCGCUGCGACAUCCUCGGGUGCGAAUUGCUCAGCAGACUAUUAUCCUAUUUCCCAGUCCUGGAGGUGUGCGCUAUUUUCCUCGAUCUGCGAGAGGGGAGACAAUCGGUCAUUCUGCUGACGACAUCCCUCCCUGCAUGCCUUCCCCGCGCCUUGCGGGCGCUCAGACUGCUCGCCGAGGACCCGCAUGAUCCGGCGUACAUGUGGGACAUGGAGGUGCUGCCCCCCGAUGCGGUGCGUGACCAGCUGGUGGCCCGCUGCCCCGGCCUGGCGUACAUCGACAUGCGUGUUCCGUUGUUCACCCUGCAGUGGAGCGCGGGUCCUGGGGCGGAGAGCGAGCUGAUCGGAUGGGAGCGUUAA